AUGACGUCCACAAUUGGUAUCCCCAUCAAGCUCCUCAAUGAGGCACAGGGCCACAUCGUCACUCUCGAAAUCACAUCCGGCCAAACCUACCGCGGGAAGCUCCUCGAAGCCGAAGACAACAUGAACGUCCAGCUCAAGGACAUCACCGUCACCGCCCGCGACGGCCGCGUCUCCCACCUCGACCAGGUCUACAUCCGCGGCUCCCACGUCCGCUUCUUCAUCGUCCCGGACAUGCUGCGCAACGCUCCCAUGUUCCGCUCCCGCAACGUCCGCGGCCGCGGUGUCGGUAUGGCGCGCGGUCGCGCGACCGUUAGCAGGGCGAGGGCCAGCGGGCGCGGAGGACGCUAG